UUGGCGAUUUUAGACGAACUCGAGGCUUAUCCAAGUUUGUAUGAUCGACAACAAAUUGAGGUAAUUUGGAAAGAAUGACAAUUUUUUAGAGGAGAAUUCGAAAUUAAAGUAUUGGCUGAGGUGGUUAAGCUGAGGUUUUCUGCUAGAUAGGUCAAGGGUUCCCCCAGACGAGCAAACUUUUUUUUAAAAAAAAAGUUUCUAUAUGCAUUUUUUAGUGUUUCUAAAGCCAAAAAAAUUUGGCGGCGAAGAAAAACGCAAAAAUGAAUCACAAGGUUCACUCUUUUCUUUUUUCUACAUAUAUUAAUCACCUUCUUUUUUAUGUUAGUCUAACAAAAAAGUGCAAAAGGAACGAAUAAAUUAUGCCAUCUGGUGGGAGAGAUUUUUUGGCAAAAAAAAUCUGAGAAAAAAGAAUCUACCCACCAAAAAUCCGUCAACAAAACUUGCUGGCGCAUUUUCAGUGCAAGAUUCGUGUUCUCCAGGAAAAGAGCUUCAAUUUGAGACCCAUAUUGCAUAGGGUACCGAAAAUGCGUCAGCAAAGGUAUAGCUGGCUGGCGCAUUUUUGGUACCCUAUGCAAUAAGGGGCUCAAAUUGAAGCCUAUAGCCCGAGGAACACGAAUUUUGCACUGAAAACGCGCCAACAUAAUUUGCUGACACGUAAUUUUCAGAUUCAAAAAUGCAGCGACUCUUCAAUCGUUUUGGCGUGGAUCUAUUUGUUGAAAAAAUGGAAGAGUGAUUUGUUGGAAACAUCCAGCGAAAUGAUGGAAAAUUAUUCGAGUUUGGGUGAACAUGGAAGACCAUAUGUUGAUAGGUAAAUAGAGAAAUUGGAAGAUUUUGAAGAAAAAAUUGAGAAUUUUUGGAUGAAAAUAGGCAAGAUCUGAUGAAUUAUUCAAUUUCAAUCAGAAAAAUUAAUUUACAGAUUGAAUAUGAACCUAGAAUUCAGAAUUUUCUUUAGAAAAAAAUUUCAAAACGCGGAUUUUUGUUUAAAAAAAUUCCGAAACAGUGAAAUUUUAUAUGGAAAAGCACGAAUUUUUAAAGUUUUCAGCUCAAAAUUCCCCAAUUUUCAGCCCAAAACCUCUCUGAAAUUCAAAAAAAAAAUCCGCUCAAAAAAAAAAUAACAGACCGGUUUUUUGUCUGCGCCCCCAGAAAAAAACAGAGAAGAGAGCCCAGACGAACAAGGGAACAUUUUCUAUUAUUUUUUCCUGCUCAAUGAGCAAAAGUGGAUAUUUUUAGCAAUUUUUUUUUGAAAAUUAUUAUAAUUAUAGCUCAGAUUUUUGAAGAGAAUGGAAUUUUUUGAACAAAAAUUUUGGGGGAAAAAUUGAUUUUCAAUGGAAAACACAUGUUUUCAAUGAUUUUUUAGUCAAAAACUAAUAAAAUUUGUGAAAAUCAAAUUUUAUUCAAUUUUCCAUGAAAAACACAUGUUUCUAGCCUAAAACCCAUGAAAAUCUCGAAAUUUUCAGUCAAAAAAUCUCGAACUUCUUCUAGAUAUGUUCGUGCAAUUGAAAUGCUCGAAGAUGAUUUAGGAUCAAACAUUUAUCGAGAAAUUCUAGGCGAUUCUGAAGAUCUGGACAAUUUUCUAGCGCAGAAAAAGGCCAAUUUUGAUUUGAAAAGUGAGUUUUUGUGAGAAAAAAAAUCUCAGAGUUCUUCUAACUCACUUCAAAAUUUAGAGGUCAUUUUUUCUCAAGAAAAAUAAUGAAAAACAUCACACAGACAGAUAGAAAUCGCCGAAAAAUGGAAAUUUUCUGUUCGUUUUUUUUGUUGGCCAGAUGGUUUUCACAUGACUUUUUCAUGGUCAAAACGAGAAGAAAAUGGCGGGAAAUUUGAAUUUUUCAUCGAUUUUUGACCAAAAAACAUGUGUUUCGACUUUUUGGCCAGAAAAUAUUUGAAUUUCAGACAUUCUAGAGCUGAAAAUUUCAAUUUUUGACUGAAAAUAUGGAAAUUCAUGGAAUUCUGGCUGAAAAUCAAUUUUUAGCUGUAAAAUUUGAAUUUUUCACAGAUUUUCAGCCAAAAAACAUGUGUUUCGAUUUUUUGAGCCACGAAAUUAAAUAAAAUUUGAAUUUCAGACAUUCUGAAGCUAGAGAUUUCACUUUUGUCUGAAAAUAUGGGCAUUUCAUGGAUUUCUGGCUGAAAAUCGAUUUUUUACAAGAAAAUUGAUUCAAAUUUGAAUUUUCAUGAAGAAACUUCAAGAUUUUCCUAUUUUUGACUGAAAAUUUGAGAUUUUUAAGAAAUUUUCUCCUAAAAUCGUCAAUUUUUUUCAGCGAGCAAGUAA